AUGACUCUACGACUAGUAUUCGGUCACUCCGAAUUCAGAGGUAGACAGAAAGAGAUAGUAGAAGCCGCAGUUAUAGGCUCCGAUGUUCUUGUCAUUGCACCAACGGGAAUGGGAAAGAGUUUAUGCUUUCAGAUACCUGCGGUCGCUGCUGAGAAUGGCGUCACUGUCGUAGUCUCACCGCUUCUCGAGGUUUCGAAGCUACACCAACUGGGUGUUGCUGUGGCCUCCCUCACAUCCGAGACGCGCCACAAUGACAAGACGAAGGUCAUUCAAGACUUAACGUCCGAUGACCCCUCGAUUCGUCUUUUGUACAUCAGCCCCGAGAAGUUCUGUACGCCCGAGAUACGUCGGAUACUGGUCCAGCUACACAACGCGGACGAGCUGAACCGCUUAGUGGUAGACGAGGCGAGUGAAACCAGCACUCAGGCGCGAAGUCUCAAACGCUUAUCAGAAUGGGGCCACGACUUCAGAGAAGAGUACAGGCGAUUAGGGUCAUUCAGGGACAAAUUCCCGAACAUACCUAUCAUGGCGCUGACGGCCACAGCCACGGAAGGGGUACAGCAGGACGUCAUCCGCAGCCUCAAGAUGGCCAGAGACCGCCUGUUCCUGGCCUUGCACCCGUUCAAUCGCGAGAAUCUCUACUACGAGGUCCGCUACAUAUCGUCUCCGAACCCUAACGCGCAUAUGAUCGACGUGUUCGAGUAUAUCAAUAACCUGCACGAGCGGCGUGGUCGUGCCUCCUCCGGUAUCGUAUACUGCAGGACGCGAGCAGUGUGCAACGACCUUGCCGCGUUCCUAAGCAAGAAGGGCCUGCAGGCAAAGGCGUAUCAUCGAGGCUUGACUCCUUCUGUACUCGACAAAACCCUUCGCCAAUGGGACGAAGGUGGAUCGGGAACCCAUGGUGGCGCCGAUGUAGUCUGCGCUACGAUCGCGUUCGGCAUGGGUAUCGACAAGCCUGAUGUUCGCUAUGUUAUUCAUUUUGACUUGCCCAAGAGCUUCGAAGGCUACUACCAGGAGACAGGUAUAGCAGGUCGAGACGGCCUUCCAGCGAAAUGCAUUUUGUUCUACUCGAGGGAAGACGCACAUCGUGUCAAACGUUGGGUCACAGAAUCGCAUUCCAAGCGCAUCGUCCGCGCGGAGUCGAACAAUGGUCCCGAACCUAGCCAAAGGGCUGCAGAUAGUCUGAGCGCGCUGGUGAACUACGCAGAGAACGCACAUUUAUGUCGACAUGUUCUCAUAUGCAGGUACUUUGGGGAGAAGAUCGACCUCCAGGACCCUGAGGCGACCAAGAAGUACUGCAGCAAGAUGUGCGAUGUCUGCAAGUACCCAGGCAAAGCCCGCACACGCAAGCUCGUCCUCUCUACGCAGGAGGAUGUCGACGCAAUACCGUGGCAAGCCCCGGAUCGGGUUCGAGAUCGUGGAGACGACUUCAGCGGUGGCAGUGGCGAAGCGUCAGGCUCACGCACGGCCAUUGGCCAUCGAGCACCCUCAACGGGUGGACCGUCAAAUUUCAACAACGCAGGCAACAGACGGACGUCCGUGAAACGGCCUGGAAGCCCAGAGGACAAGGAACAAGGACAGCGCCGCGAACAGCACCGUGCAGGCGCGAAGAAGGUCAAGACAGCACCUACCGUCCCACGUGCAAGUGACUCGGAGGAGGAAAUCGAAUGGGUUCCGGCGCCAUCGCCACGAAGUCGCAGCCCCCAGGAUGCCCCGGUGGACGACCCCGCUGGAGACGGUGCUGAUGAUUGCCGGUCAGCCUCACCGAUUCUACUCCCGGAGACCGACGUCGAGCUCGACGCGGCAUUUUCACAGAAGAUACCCGUGCACGCACGCAACGAAUGCUUCGCCGCGCUCCGCAAAGCCCUCCACAAAGCCCUCCCCAUAGACCCCAGCAGCAACGCCUGGCACCGACUGAAACUCACCGGCGCCGUGGAUUCCGACACCAAGACAGACAUCCUCGCAGCCACCGCGCGCGAGCUCGAGUUCAACGUGCACGCGCUCUGCCGCACCGCCGACGGGUACCGCGAACGCGCGGCCGAGCGCGUGCGCGCCGUGAAGCAGCUCGCGCGGCCGCAGGCGUGGGCCGCGGACGACGGCGCGGACGAGGAGUACGAGGAUGCCAGGGACGUCGUCAUCGCGCUGCGGCUCGUCGCCCGGCGUAUGUGCCGGAAUAGCGCGAGCAGCAGGGCGUAG